UUUUGACUUACUGACUGACUCAUCAUCUCCGCCUCAAAAGUUGCUGCUGAGCUGAUUUUCGUAUUUUUCUAAAUUUUUAAAAUAGUUUUUAACUCGCCUCGACUUUUGUGAUUAGUCAUUCAUUCAUCCAACUACGUAAAAUGAGACUGCUCGUUUUAAACGGGUAAUGGGCAGAGAAUAAUAUAAUAGAUGGGAAAAAUUAAUGGUUGGUGGUGGUUGGUUAAGUCAUUUUAAUUUAUUCGUCCGUAUUUAUUGUUUAUUAUUACGUUAAGUAAGUCGAGUAGGCGUAUUCUCUCCUCAUUGAUCUGAUUUCGUGAACGAAUUUGAGUCCGUCCGUCCUGCUGUGACAGUUUCAAAAGCUAUUUUUCUUCAUCGGUCAGCAGUUGUUUUUGUAAUAAUAAUCAGGAAGUAAAGCUAAUGUGGGCAAGUACAUUAAGGAACUUUGUGUACCUUAGUCUGUGCGGACAAUAAGUAACUCAACGUUUUCAAUCCAUCCAUCCAUCCAAGAAGUUGUCAAUCAAUCAUGGAUCUCUUUUUGUAACGGUUUUUUAAAUUAGAGAAGGGAGUGACGGAGCAGCGUAUGAGUAACGACGACCAACACAUUGACACCUGUGACCUUUAAGGGACGAGAAGAUGGCUAGGAUCUUGGACGAUGGUGGGGAUACAGACGUUCUCACGGGAGGAGGAAGUACCGACACGCGUGACUAUGGAGAAUCGUCGGUGGAAACAAGAUCUGGUGGUCAAGGGGGCUGUUGGUUUUCAUGCUGUGACCCCAGAAGUAGCCUUCAUAGGUUUAUCGUUCUACUCUUCAUGUGCUUCCUAGGGUUUGGUUCAUACUUUUGCUACGACAAUCCGGGAGCUUUGCAGGACAAUUUUAUGAAAGAUAUGGACAUUACAACUGCUCAAUUUACAUACCUGUACUCCUUUUACUCGUGGCCCAACGUGGUGCUUUGCUUUGUGGGAGGAUUUCUGCUGGAUAGUGUCUUUGGAAUUCGUCUUGGAACCGUGAUAUUCUGCAUAUUCUUGGUCAUAGGACAAAUCGUGUUUGCCUUGGGGGGUAUUUUUGAUAUGUUUUGGUUGAUGUUAUUGGGUCGCUUCAUUUUUGGAAUUGGAGGUGAAUCUUUAGCCGUUGCUCAAAACGCGUAUGCCGUGAGUUGGUUCAAAGGGAAAGAACUGAACAUGGUGUUUGGACUUCAGCUAAGUUUCGCAAGGGUGGGAUCCACCGUGAAUUUUAAUCUGAUGGAACCUCUAUAUAAAUGGAUGAAUACUUCCUACAAGGGACACACUUGUACAGGAAUCGUGCUAAUGAUUGCUGGAGCUACUUGUAUCCUGUCCUUGUUUUGUGCUGCUGCACUUGCCAUAUUUGACUUUCGAGCAGAAAAAAUUCUAAAGAAACAAACUCUUGGGUCUGGAGAGAAAAUUCGAUUGUCGGAUGUCAGAUAUUUUCCUGUAUCAUUUUGGUUGAUGUGUGGAUCAUGCGUUGCGUACUAUGUAGCCAUUUUUCCUUUCAUUGGUCUUGGAAAGGUGUUCUUUAUAAGAAAGUUUGACUUCACACCUGAGGGAGCAAACGCUGUAAACAGUAUCUUGUACAUUGUUUCCGCCGUGGCAUCACCAUUAUUCGGACUUUUAGUAGAUCGAACAGGAAGAAACGUGUUUUAUGUCUUCAUUUCCAUUCUAGUCACCAUUGGAGCGCAUGGUAUUUUGGCGUUUACGUUCCUAAAUCCUUACGUCGGAAUGUGCAUCAUGGGUCUGUCCUACUCGAUGCUUGCUAGUGCCUUGUGGCCGAUGGUUGCCUUAGUCAUUCCUGAACAUCAGCUUGGUACGGCGUACGGAAUAAUGCAAGCUGUUCAAAAUUUUGGUCUGGCUGUGAUAACGAGCGUGGCAGGAGAAAUUGUUGACACUGGAGGCUAUCUUUUACUUGAGGUCUUUUUUAUAGCGUGGCUGUGCCUGUCAUUGGCUUGCACUGUUUUGUUGUGGCUACACGAUUCCUCCCACUCUGCGGGUCUACUAAAUAUGUCCAUCGAUGAUCGUGAUCGGUGGGAACACGACAAAAUGCUCGCCGAAUCUUUGGAAAGGGACGAGUUGUACAGAGUAGCAAUUCCGACUACUUCUGCUACGACUGCAAUUAAAUCAGACUUUCUCACUAGAAAUCGUUAUCUAUCCAGGAUAGGAGCCCCUCUACCUUCCUCUUACGACCCUACCAUCGGACGACUACUUCACCGACCUAUGAUCAGGUGACUGACGACACGACUGAUUUGAUGCUCUCGUUUCGUACACUCUUCUUAUUUAUUGAUCAAUAUGAUUUCAAAGUUUUUUUAAAACAAGGUGCGGUUUAGCUUUUUUGUAUUAAUGGAUUAUUUUCAUAAAUAUAUUUUGAAUGACGCGUAAUACUUAUCAUGAAAGAAAUAAUUGUAUCAUGAAUGGCUGCUCAUGUUUUUAAUUUUAUUUAUAAAAAUUUUUCGUGUAUUAAAUAUUGUAUUGUGGGAUGAUGUACUAAUAACUUUUAAUAAAUAUUUUUAUGCGAAAGUUGA